AAUACAGUUUAUAAACAGUUUGUGUUCAACUGUCGUUUAGUUCAGUUUUGUAUUGAGCAUCGUCGUUGAAGUUCGGCGCGCAGGCGUUAAAUAAAUAAAACAGAAAAGUAAAAGUUGAACAGCAAGAGGGUUUAAAGUGGUGCAUAAAAUUAUUUAAGGUGAGACGCAUUUAUAACAAGUGCAGGUGAACAAAGGAAUUAGUGAAUUGCCAAAAAAAAAUGCACUCUCAUUACGCCUUAAUAGUCACACUGGCCUUGUGUGCGGUCAGCGCCCUGGCACAGAAAAGUUCCACAAUGGAAGCGAUUGCCUACUUGGCGGGCACCUCCACGGUGAAGGGUAAUGUCACUUUCAUUCAAAAUGGCUGCUCCGAAAAUGUUCACGUGCGUGUCUAUUUGGAGGGACUGACUCCCGGUAAACACGGUUUCCAUGUGCACGAGAAGGGUGACUUGACCGGCGGCUGUGUCAGUACUGGCGCACAUUUCAAUCCCGAUAAGAUGGAUCAUGGUGCGCCUGGCGAUGAAGUACGUCACGUUGGCGAUCUCGGUAAUAUCGAGGCUGAUGCGAAUGGCAUUGUCGAUACAACUUUCACUGACCACUUAAUCAGUUUAACUGGCAAACGUACAAUCGUCGGACGCGGUUUGGUGGUGCACGAAUUGACCGACGAUUUGGGCAAGGGUACCCACCCCGAUUCGAAGAAGACUGGAAAUGCCGGUGGACGUCUGGCUUGCGGUGUCAUCGGUGUUAAAGCUCAUACACCACCACAAGUACCUGCUGUAAGUUGUGAACCGACAUUUUAUGUGCCACAUCAACAGCCGCACGAUCAUGUUGUCUAUCCCAUUCUAACUUCGAGCCUACCAUAUCCAUAUGCAUUGCCAUAUUUUUAUUAAAACGCAAAAACAAAUUCAAAGCAAACGUUUAGAGGCAUCAUUUGUAAAACUUAAUCAUAUAAAAUAUUAUUAAAAAUAUUUCUUUAAAGUGGUACAUGUAUGUAUGUGUGUAAAUCUUUUAGCAAUGUCUUCAAGAAAAUUUCAUAAAAUCAUAAAAAUGACAUGUAUGCUGCUAAUUUUGAUUUGAAAGUACAAACUUAACAGUCUCAACUACUAACAUUUUUAGCGACAUCGGUGAUGAAUGGCCCUGUUCGAGCGCUACAGGAAAAGUGGUUUCAAUAUUUGCCUUCG